GGAAACAUAAUAUCGAAGGGAAGAUACUAGAUAGUCUAUGUUGGAAAUAUCAAACAAGUGACUAUAUAUAGUAGCGAUUCUUUACUUUCAUAAUAAUAUAAACUAUUACGUGAAAAGGCCGAAUGGGUAUAAACCAGCGAUCUCUUACUAGAGAACUCCUUUCUUAGAUUGAGAUUUGAAAAUAUCUUUUGCAAUGGACAAGUCAGUGCAAGAAGAUGAAGAAAUGGAAGGUUUAAGAGAUGACGUUCCAAGCUCAGAAUCUGAGCUUACAGAGCGGCAAUCACAGGGCAAAGAUAUUGCAAAUAAUAGAGAAUCCAGCUUGAAUUGCGAAAAAGGUAAUACAGAAGAUGAAAGUAUUUUAGUGCAAGCUGAAACAAAACACGAAGAAAGAGAUUAUAGCGACGUUCUUCCUGAGAGAUUGACAGAUCAAAUUAAAGGAGUCAUUUAUGGUAAUUGUAUUGGUGAUGCAGUUGGAUUAUUGACAGAGUUUAUGAGCAAGGAAGAGGCCCGUUCGGUCUAUGGUGAUGUAGGAAAACAUUUUUUUACCAAAGACAUUAACCUUGAAUACAAUAUGAAAUCAGAUGAUGGUCAUCGCAUCAGAUGGGUACAAGGCGACUGGACAGAUGAUUCUGAUCAAAUGAUAUUGAUUUUGCAAACACUUCUGGAAGGAAAUGGACAGUUUGACAAGUUAGUGUUUGCAAAUAAAAUGGUAAAAUGGUGCAGAAGAGGUUUUCCAGAGUUGGGUGAUAUAGGAGGGAUGGGAAGGGGUAUGACCACAUCAAAAGUUUUGGAACAUCCAUAUUACCUAACUGACCCACAUAAGGCAGCACAUGAUAUAUGGGUAAGAAGUGGUUACUUUGUUGCUCCCAAUGGAGGAGUCAUGCGAACCUCAAUCCUUGGCACCAUGGAAUUUCAUAACUUAGACAAAGUUAUUGAAAAUACAAAAAAUGCUUGUAUGGUCACUCAUGCUGACCCCAGAUGUGUGGCAUCGUGUGUUGCUGUUACUACAGCAAUAGCAUUGAUGUUGCAAGGUAAAUACAAGAUCAAGAAUGGGAAUUAUGAUGUUGACAAAAUAACAAAGGAAGCACAUGCUUUAGCUGAACAACAGUUGGAAAAAGAUGAACAUAAAAAGGAACUACAUGAGUACAUGUUUGAGACAAAGCUGGAUAAAUUAAAACUUGGUGAAUCAAUUGGGUAUACAUUCAAAUGCCUUGGAGCUGGUUUUUGGGGCUUCAAGCAGAAAGAUUUCCGUACAGCAAUACAACAAGUCACUAUGGAGGCUGGUGAUGCGGACACAAACUGUGCAGUGGCUGGCGCAUUACUUGGUUGUAAACUUGGUUUUAACAAUCUACCAAAAACCUGGAUCAGUGGUCUGGCCCAUCGUGAUUGGUUAGAAGAUCACAUUGCAAGAUACCUAAAACUCUUAUGCACACUCAAAUAACAUGGAAGAUGAUGUAAGCUGCAUGUGAUUUCGUUUUGGUGUAAUUGUGUCUUGGUGAUUGU